CCAUUGGUGAAGCCGGAGCGGGCUGUACCACMUGUGCGGCGCCCCCCGGCGCGGAGCGUGGGCGGAGCUGUGAGGGCAGCGCGGGAGCGGCGGCGCCGGGCGGGGAUGGAGCGCUGCGAUCUGGGCGAUCGGCGGCACGGGCCCGUCUGGACCCGCAAGGCCGGGGCGGCCGCACCGCGGGGAAUUAUAGUAAACAUCAUUCAUAGUGUCCAAGGGUACCAUUCAAAGACAAUACAUUUUCUGAAUGUGGCUUUCAACAGUUCYGGGGAUUCUCUCCUCGCUGGAGACCGCCAAGGGAAUAUAUAUGUUUUUGACUUGAAUGGGAACAGGUUCAACCUUGUUCAGAGAACAAUGCAAGCUUGCACUGCUUUGGCAUUUAAUCUUCGGAGAAAGACAGAGUUCCUUGUGGCUUUGGCAGAUUAUUCUGUUAAGUGCUUUGAUACAGAAAGCCAGGAGCUAGUUAGUUGGAUGAGAGGCCAUGAUUCUUCAGUGUCUUCCAUCUCUGUCCAUGGCUCGGGCAAGUAUGCCAUUACUACUUCUGCUGAUACAGCACAGCUGUGGGACUUGGACACCUUUCAAAGAAUAAGAAAGCUGAAUGUUCGUCAGUCUGUGGGUAUACAAAACGUUUUUUUUCUUCCAUUGAGCAACAUCAUUCUCAGCUGUUUCAAAGAUAAUUCUAUUUUUGUUUGGGAAUUUGAUACUCUUCAUUGUAAAUACCAGUURCCAACUCCUGUAGAAGGUUCUGUAUUAUUUUAUAAGGUGUUUGCAGUUACCAGGGAUGGCCGGACUUUGGUAGCUGGUGGGAAAUCAAAUCAUCUUCAYUUAUGGUGUUUAGAAUCAAAGCAGCUGAUAAGAAUAAUCCAGAUGCCUGAGAAAGUGCGAGCUGUCCGUCUUCUGGAAUUCCUCCCUGACAGUUUUGAUGGGGGCUCCAAUCAGGUCCUUGGAGUGUUAAGUCAAGAUAAUAUUAUGAGAUUUAUCAAUAUWGAAACAUGCAAACUUCUUUUUGACAUUGGGAGUCCUGAAGAGGGAAUUAGUACAGCAGUGAUUAGCCCYAAUGGACGGUAUAUUGCCUCAGUAAUGGAAAAUGGAAGUCUUAACUUAUACAGUGUCCAAGCUUUGACUCAAGAAGGAAAUAAGCCUCCACCAUCCCUGUUCAAGAUUGUAGAAGAUGGGCCCAAGUACACAUCAGAGGCAAAUAAACUGAUAAAAAAAGUGACUUCAGGAAGGCCAGAGGGGCAAAGGUCAGAGRGGCCAUGGAAAUCCAAAGGAAGGAAAAUUAAAAGCCGAUUGUUAAAACUGCAAGCAAAUGCAUCACUUGAAAAUAAAGAGAACGAAUUGCCAGGUGGAUUAAACAAGAAACGUCUCCAGGCCUUAUUGAAAGGAUUUGGAGAAUAUCCAGCCAAGUACAGGAUGUUUGUUUGGCGUUCCUUAUUACAACUUCCUGAAAACCACUUGGCAUUCAGUAGCCUCGUAGAUAGGGGAAUCCACAGUGCAUUCGUAAAUAUUCACAAAGAGUAUCCCAUCAAAAGCAGGAAACUGCUAAGAGUUCUACAGAGGACCUUGUCAGCUCUAGCUCACUGGUCUGCUAUCUUUGCUGAGACACCUUACAUGCCUUUGCUAGCAUUCCCAUUUGUAAAAUUAUUCCAGAACAACCAGCUGAUCUGCUUUGAAGUUGUUGCUACAGUAGUAGUUAAUUUUUGUCAGCACUGGUUUGAGUACUUUCCCAAUCCUCCAGUUAAUGUCCUUGGUAUGAUUGAAAAUGUUUUGGCACAUCAYGACAAAGAACUACUUCAGCAUUUAAUAAAAUACAAAGUGACUUCACAGGUUUAUGCUUGGCCUCUCCUAGAAACAUUGUUAUCUGAGGUUCUAACAAGAGAAGAAUGGCUGAAAGUGUUCGACAAUAUUUUCUCCAACCAUCCUUCAUACUUUCUAAUGAUUGUUGUUGCCUAUAUUAUAUGUUCCAGAGCUCCCUUGCUCCACUGUAAUCAAGCAGAAGAUUUUGAGUAUUUCUUUCAUCAUCGUAACAACCUGGACAUUAAUGUUGUGAUUAAAGAAGCCUAUCAUCUUAUGGAGACUACACCACUGGAUAUCCAUCCACAGCGUAUGCUUGAUGACUUCAUACCACUUACAAAAGGACAGUACCCUGUAUUUAAUAAAUAUCCCACGUUCAUUGUGGAYUAUCAAGCUCGGGAACGAGAGAAGAUCAGACAGGAUGAAAUUGAAUACUUGCGAGAGAGACAAUUAGCACAUGAAUCAGAAGCCAAAGCACAGAAACAGAAAGCAGAAGAUGAAGCCUGGUAUCGAAAGCAGAAAUUACUUCAAGAAGCUGAAGAACAGAGGCGAAAAAUCCUACUGGAAGAAGAAGAGAGGCUGGCAGAACAGAGGCAGAGUCUUGCUGUUAUGAAAAGAAAACUGAAAGUAAAGGAACUGCAACUUCUAGAUGCUUCAAGAAGGCGUUUUCUGAACUACCAGCAAGACCAGCUUCAAAUGGAACUGAAACGUCUCGAUGAUGAAAUUGCAAGAAAGGCAUCUAUGAGAGACCAGGAAACAGCUGCUGCUGUUCAGGAUAUCGAACUACAACGGAUGGAACUUGAAUCACAAAAGCAGCUUUUUGAACAGCAUCUAAUCAAAGACCAAGAGGCAGUUAGAAAGGAAAUGAAAGAAGAGGUGGAUGUCCAUCGAAGAAAGGUGGAUCUGGAAGAUCAACGUGUUCAGAGAUUGAUAGAAAUAGACAGACAAGAAAUACAGAAAGCUCAUGCAGUGGCUGAAGAAAAUUUAGCCAAAGCUGAGCGGAAGCACAUUGACGCCGACUGGAGGCUGCAAGCGCAGCGGAGACUCAGGCGUGAUGACCAGGACCGGGAGAAAUGCUACCAAGAGAUUGUCAAGCGCCUGCAUGACAACAGGGUGAAAGAAGCUGAACUGCUGAAGGCCAUGAGAGAGACAGAAGAAAAAAAGACAUUUAACAUCUCUGUUACACAGUGGGAAGAUGUUACACGUAAAAAAGCUCAACUGAAGGAAGAGCAGAAGGYGGCUGCUGCUGCAGAUGAGCACAGGAAGCAGUUCUUAGAUGAUAAAACGAAUGAUGCRUUAGAAUUGGCUGAAAAGCUGCAAAGGGAAGAUGGGAAUUUUGAGAGAGUGCGCGAUUUAAAGGCCAGGUGUACAGAGAGAGAGGCAGAAGUCCAGCAGGUGCCAAGGUCUGAAAACAUCAGUCUCAAUGAUUUGUCUGCAUUUACACCAUCACGCAUGUCUUCAGGCAGAAGACGAGCAGAACUGGCCCGCCAGGAGCGGGAGCUGAUGGCAGAAGUCUGGCGGCUCAGACAAAGGCUCACCUCACAGGCACAAGCCAGACACCGUCCAGCUCAUUUCCCAGCUACAUCAUGGUCACCUUGAGMUGGUUUGCUCUGGACCUUAGCUGUACGUUCAAAUGAGUAAUCAGUGAAAAGCUAAAUAUGUAUAGUGUGAUUCAGGAUGGAUCAUAGUCUGUUUAAUAAAGACUUUUGGAGAUAUUCUUAUGUAAGAAUAAAAUGCUAGCUAGAAAAUGUKUUAUUUGUAACCUCCUUGUUAUUUUUACUUCUAAAAUAAACUCAGUUUUUACCAUGAA